UGAGUUUGAACGGAUGUAUUUUGUAUACAUUUUGUUUGAUUGUAGUUGAACUGGAAAAUUCAUCGAAUUUGAGGCAUUUGAAAACAUUUUCUCAUAAUACCGUAGAAAAUAGCUGUUAAAUGGCUGUAUUUUAGAGAGGGCUUGCAGUGGAUUCGUGCAGAUUUGUAAGAUCCAAACGAGAAGCUUUUGAAUCAGAAGCGUUCUCUAUUUUGAAACAGGAGACCAGAAGCCUGAAAGUAUACAGCCCGCACCUUGUUUGUUUUUUUGAAUAAAGAGUUUGAGUUUUCAUGCGUUUAAGCUACCUGGAAACUGCAGUUCCAAUCAGAUCCUCCUUACAGAGCCUUCGAAUUCUUCAAUCGAUUGCAGAAUCGUGUAGAUUUUCUCCCCAAUUUUCGACAACAAUGUUGCUCCGUAGUUCCUCAGCACCGACACUGGGAUCUUUGAUCCCUCAUCCAGAUAAUAUCAGGGAAACUAUAGGGAAAGCAAUUACCUUGUCAGAAAAUGCCAAUCGGUUUUGUUUCCAAAGUACUCACUCUCGCUUGCAUUCUAGAUAUAACACCUGCCCUGCCGACAAUGAGAAAGAAGCAAACUCUUUGUCCAAUCUCAGGCGAGUUCAAUCAGAAGGCGACCUGGAGAGCUUGGUCAACCGAGAAUCCUCUGUUCCAGCUAAGGAUUCUACUGAAAUGUUUGAUGAUUUUAAUCUCGCUUCAUUAAACAAGCCAUGGUCUAGAAAGCUAUCUGCCAAGAGAUUGCCUUCUCUGAAAUCUAAUGCAUCACUUUCCUGGUACUGUAAUGAAAAGAAGGAAGCGGAUCAAUAUGAAAUCUUGAAAAGCGAGGUUGACGGUUUGGAAUCAAAUAUGCAAGAAUUUAGCUUUGGAAAUGAGGACAUGAGGAAAUUCAGUGUGACAAACCUUGCCACAUCUGGAAAUGAAGAGGACAUGGUUAUGGCAGAGCCGAUGUUUAUGGCUCUAGGACCUGGGUUUGGUGUGAUGAAGCCUUCGACAGACAUGGGAAGUGGAAGCGGGCAUGGAAAUUCUACUCCCAAAGAAAAUCCUAACGGCAGCGGAGGAGAUGAAUAUGAUGCUGGAUCUGAGGAUAUUGAGAGUUAUUAUCAGAGAAUGCUUGUGGUUAAUCCCGUAAAUUCUCUCAUUUUGAGGAAUUAUGCUCAGUUUUUGUAUGAGACAAAGAAUGACUAUCACAAGGCUGAGGAGUUUUACUCAAAAGCAAUUUUGACUCAGCCUGCUGAUGGCAAUGUUUUAGCACAGUAUGCCAAAUUGAUGUGGGAACUUCAUGGCGAUGAAGAAAGGGCUUCAAUUUGUUUUGAGGAAGCUGUGCGGGCUUCUCCUGCAGAUAGUAAUGUACUUGCAGCAUAUGCAUCCUUCCUCUGGAACACAAGUGGAGACCAGGAAGAUAACAUGCAAGAGCAUUCAAGUUUCUCUUCCUAUCCAGAUGUCUACAAAAUUGUUGGCUCAGCAACAAAUAGGGUGCCAUAUCAUACCCGCGGAAGAAACGCCGAAAUAGACAAUUUCCAUUGGACGGAAUUGAGGCACGAAAUGUCACGUGACGUGAUGUUCGCUGCUAGACUGCCGCGGUGGAACGAAAGGAUCGAACGGGACAAAAACCUACGGGAAAGAAAUCCUAGUGUGGAAGAUUCGUCUAGGAGCCUUCGAGAAGGCUUUGUAAAGAAUUUAGCGGCGGAUUUCUUUAAAUUUAAGCGUUUACUGCAACUCGCUUUUAUUUACCAUGUUAUUUCCGAAGCUCGGCAAAAUUGCUUUUUGCUUUUUACUUUUGAUGACGAUAUUUCUGUAUUUCUGUAUCCAUUAGACUGUUUCAAUCCAGCGCAGACCUGCGGGAUUUUCAAAAACAGUUUUGCAUUGCUCGGCCUGAUUUUUGCUUUCAUUAGUUCAGAUUAUGCUGUCCUGUUUACAUUCUUCUUCUCCAGCUCUUCAUAUGGUGCUUGCUUUGUUUGGUGUUGCCAGCCACAAACAAAAUCCUGUAUUUUUUCUCGGGCAGAGUUCGAAUUUUCAACAACAAUGUUGCUCCGUAGCUCCUCAACACCAAUUCUGGGAUCCCUGACUCUUCAUUCAGAUAACAACAGGGAAAACGUAGGAAAAGCAAAUUCCUUGACUGAAAAUGCAAACCGGUUUGGUUUCCGCGGUACAAAUUCUCAUACUCAUUAUGAGACCUGCUCUGUGGACGAAGAAAAAGAAGUGAAUUCCAUGUCCAACUUCAGGCGAGUUCAUUCGGACGGGAGCCUGGAGAAUCUGAUUGGCAAUGGCUGCCCUGUUCAAGAAAAGCUAGCUGCCGAUACAUUCUUGCAAUGCGACUCAUUUGAUGAUUUCAAUCUCAUUUCUUCGAAUAAGCCUUGGCCUAGAAGGCUGUCUGCCCACAAGCGAUUACCUUCUCUGAAAUCCAUUGCAUCUCUUUCCUGGUAUUGUAAAGAGGAAGACGAAUUCAAUCAAGAUGAAAGCUUGGAAAUUUCUGCUGAUGCUUCGGAAUCAAGUAUGCAAGAAUUUAGCUUUGGAAACGAGCGAAUGAGGGAAAGUAAUUUGAAAGGCCUUGCAAUAUCUGAAAAUGAACAGGAUAUGGUGUCAGCAAAGCCAAUGUUCAUGGCUCGAGGGCUUGGAAUUGAUAUCAUAGAACCUUCCACAGAUGUGGGAGGUGGGCAUGGAAAUUCAACUCCCAAAGAGACCUCUCUUGGUGGUAGCGGUGGAGGUGGUGGAGAAGAUGGAUAUGGAGGUGGAUCUGAGAAUAUUGAGGAAUAUUAUCAAAAAAUGCUUGAGGGCAAUCCCGCAAAUUCUCUCAUCUUGAGGAAUUAUGCUCAGUUUUUGUACGAAACAAAGCAUGACUAUUUGAAGGCAGAAGAGUAUUAUUCGAGGGCAAUUUUGGUCCAACCUGGUGAUGGGGAAGUAUUAGCACGGUACGCCAAAUUGAUAUGGGAACUUCAUGGCGAUGAAGAGAGGGCAUCAGCUUAUUUUGAGCAAGCUGUACAGGCUUCCCCUGCAGACUGUCACGUUCUUGCAGCAUAUGCAUCUUUCCUGUGGAAUAGUAAUACGGAUGGAGAAGAGGAAGAGAAAGAGCAGGAGCCUUCAAAUUUCUCAUGCAACCCACAUUCACAUGGAAUUGUUGGUUCAGCAACAGCUACCGUGGCAUGAUGCAAAAUAUCACAUAAAAAUGUCAAGGCCCCAUCACAUAUUGUGAAGGCGCUUGAAGCAUCCAUAUACCUCAUGUCGGUCGUGCACAUAGAAUUGUUGGUUCGGCAACAGCUAACAUGGCAUGAAGCAAAAUAGCACACAUGAAAAUCUCGAGGCCCCAUCACAUGUUGUGGAGGCACUUAAAACAUCCAUUUACCUCAUUGCUAAUUAUGCACAUCUCUCAUAUUUACAGUUUUGCUGCUAAGGAUUACUGAUCUACUAAUUAAAUCCUCAUCUUUCAUUAA